AGAACACAAUUUCGUAGGGAAGGAUUAGCCCAGGCUGCCAGCCAAGAGGCUGUCUAGUGCCUACUGCGGAUUGCUGUUGCUGCUGCUGAAUUCAGCCGGCCAGAGAGACAGAGACAGACAGAGGCAGACACUUACGCACAGCAUCGGCUGGGCCAGUCACUGAAGUGUGGGGGAUCCCGGAUCGUGGAGGUGGGCUCCCUCCAGGGCCGAGAAGACCACCUUUCUCCCCCCCCCCCAACCACCUCACCAGGACAGGCAGCAGGAGGAAGGAAGCUGGAGGGCAGCUCUCCUUGGUAGCCCCAGUGCUGAACUUUCAAUCCCUAAAGACACAGACCCCUUCCCAGGAUCUCUCGGGGUGAGUGGGAGGCAUCUAGCUACCAAGCAGCCAGGCCUGCCAGGGGGUCAUGCUGGAGGUGUUACAAAGGGAAUACUGGCUUCAUCAGCCCUUCUGCAGAAGACAGGUCCCCUAUUAGGGGAAACUUAGAAUCCCCCCCACCCCUCCUGCCUCCUACAGCUAACCCAAGCCUUGCCUGGAUUCAUUUAUUUAUUUAUUAUUUUUUUCCCCUUGACUCGAUAACAUCAUUUGAGAUUCUGGAAGAGGGGGCAGCAAGGCAUAGAAAGGCUCAGAUGUUUGGGGCUGGAUUGAAUUGAAGGCUCCUUGAAGGUGCCAGGAGCUGAUUCUUCACCUUAUUGUGGGUCCUUCUCUCCCCUUCCACCAGCCACUGGGCUGAUUUGGGGCCAUUGUCUCCAGGCCUGUGAUGUCUUGUGAAUGUGCAGGACACAGCAAGGGUGCCCAAUACAGCUCCAUGACGACUACCACAACUGCCAAGGACUUGGAGGAGAGAGCCAUGGAUUCUAUGCUGGUGACCUCAACACCAGCUUCUGGGACCUUCUCCCAUGUCUUCGGUCAACAGUGCCAACUUAUGGAGGCAGCUGUGCAGUCCUUACACACCUUAAAUGACCAGAUCUCCCACUUUGUGGUCACCAAGUCGAAGACCCUAGAGGAGGAUAAAGACCCCUUUCUACCCACAGAAAAAGAAUCUCUGAAGAACUCAAUGACAUUGAUGAGACAUCUCCUAAUGGAUGCCCAGGCCAAAAUCCUGAGCAUGAUGGAAGACAAUAAGCAGCUGGCUCUCCGGAUCGAUGGGGCGAUCCAGUCCGCCAGCCAGGAGGUGACUAACCUGCGAGCCGAGCUGACAGCCACCAACCGGAGACUGGCCGAGCUGAGCGGCGGCGGCGGCGGCGGCGGCGGCGGCGGCGGCAGCAGUGGUGGAGGCGGCGGCGGCGGCGGCGGCAGCUGCGACUCCUCGAUCAUGGAGAACAACCAUCACAACGCGCAAGCGCUACUACGAGAAGAGGUAUCUCAGCUGCAAGACGAGGUUCAUAUCCUCCGGCAGAUGAAGGAAAUGCUCACAAAGGACCUGGAGGAGUCUCACGGAAGCAAGUCCACGGAGAUUCUCUCGGCCACCGAGCUCAAAGUCCAGCUGGCCCAGAAGGAGCAGGAGUUAGCCAGAGCCAAAGAAGCCCUCGUGGCCAUGAAGGCCGAUAGAAAGCGUUUGAAGGCUGAAAAGACAGACCUCGUGAGCCAAAUGCAACAGCUCUACGCCACCCUGGAGAGCCGAGAGGAGCAGCUUCGGGACUUCAUCCGGAACUACGAGCAGCACAGAAAAGAGAGUGAGGAUGCGGUCAAAGCCCUGGCGAAGGAGAAGGACCUUUUGGAGAGAGAGAAGUGGGAGCUGCGCCGGCAAGCCAAAGAAGCUACGGACCACGCUACGUCCCUGCGGUCCCAACUGGACCUGAAGGACAACAGAAUGAAGGAGCUGGAAGCCGAGCUGGCUAUGGCAAAGCAGUCCUUAGCCACCCUGACCAAGGACGUCCCCAAGAGGCACUCCCUCGCCAUGCCGGGCGAGACAGUUCUCAACGGCAAUCAGGAGUGGGUGAUGCAGGCGGACCUCCCGCUCACUGCGGCCAUCCGGCAGAGCCAGCAGACGCUCUACCACUCACAUCCUCCCCACCCCACCGACCGGCAAGCUGUCAGGGUGAGCCCCUGUCAUUCUCGGCAGCCUUCCAUCAUCUCUGAUGCAUCUGCAGCUGAAGGAGACCGGUCAUCAACUCCAAGUGACAUCAACUCCCCUCGUCACCGGACGCACUCCCUCUGCAAUGGGGACAGCCCCGGACCCGUACAGAAGAAUUUACACAACCCAAUUGUACAGUCACUAGAGGAUCUUGAAGACCAAAAAAGGAAAAAGAAGAAAGAGAAGAUGGGAUUUGGCUCCAUUUCCCGAGUCUUUGCCAGAGGGAAGCAGCGGAAAUCCCUCGACCCAGGCCUCUUUGAUGAUUCUGACAGCUUGUCCAGCCCAACCCGACUCAGCCUAUCAGAAGGAGAGGAGCAGAUGGACCGACUGCAGCAGGUGGAGCUGGUUCGAACUACUCCCAUGUCGCAUUGGAAAGCGGGGACUGUGCAGACCUGGCUGGAGGUGGUCAUGGCAAUGCCUAUGUAUGUCAAGGCUUGUGCAGAGAACGUGAAGAGUGGGAAGGUGCUGCUGAGUCUGAGUGAUGAAGACCUGGAGACCGGCCUUGGCGUGUGCAGCUCCUUGCAUCGUCGAAAACUCCGCUUGGCAAUUGAGGAUUACAGAGAUGCAGAGACUGGCAAAUGCUUGUCAAAAGCCUCAGACCUGGACCACCACUGGGUGGCUAAGGCGUGGCUCAAUGACAUCGGCCUGCCCCAGUACUCCCAAGCCUUCCACAACCACCUCAUCGAUGGGAGGAUGCUCAACUCUCUGAUGAAGCGAGACUUAGAGAAACACCUGAAUGUGUCCAAAAAAUUUCACCAGGUCAGCAUCCUCUUAGGCAUCCAGCUUCUCUACCAAGUGAACUUCAGCAAGGAGGUUCUGCAGGAGCGAAGGGCUCGUUGUGAGACACAGAACAUUGACCCUGUGGUCUGGACAAAUCAGCGAGUGCUCAAGUGGGUACGGGACAUUGACCUGAAGGAGUAUGCUGACAACCUGACCAACAGUGGUGUCCACGGAGCAGUGCUGGUCUUAGAGCCCACAUUCACGGCAGAAGCCAUGGCAACAGCCCUGGGCAUCCCCAGUGGGAGGCACAUCCUUCGGAGGCACCUGGCUGAGGAGAUGAGCACCAUUAUCAACCCUGCCAGUGUUACAGGCAUCCGAGAGGCUGAGAGGUUUGGGACCCCCCCAGGAAGGGCUUCCAGCAUCACCCGGCAGGGGAAGGAGGAGACCAACAGCAGUGUCAAGUACAAGACUGGCCGGUUACCACUAGGGAAGAUUGGAAGGGGAUUCAGCAGCAAAGACCUUGACUUCCACGAUGACUAUGGCUCUCUCAGAAAUGAAGAUUGCUUCGAUGAUGACCCUCAAGAUAGACCAGAUCAGUGUCGUCUAGAAAACUACAGUGGACUGGAGGUCACCAACGUGUAAAAAAUCACUUAAUUCCCACCAAUCCCAUGGGCCAAGGAGAAAAUCAAAGGGGGAAGGAAGGUGCUUAUGAAGAACCCACUCAACUGGGUAUACAUAGAAACUUUGAGCUAAGUGAUGACAUGACAUUGUCAUCUUGUUAGCCAAGGAACACUCCCCAAACCAAACACAACCAACUUCUAGACUGACCAACUUUAGGGGGAUAUUUUAAUGAGCUCCUGCUGGACACUGAAGGAUCCAUACCCAGAGAAUGCCACAAAAGACCCUAACUAUCCAAAAUCCUUUCCCGGACUGUUUAAAUAUACCUUCACCUGAAAUUAGUAGAACAAGAAGACCCUUCACAAGUUACUAGGAGCGCUAAAGUUCUCAGGUUCUCAGACCUAAUUUCAGAGGGAACUUAAAAAUUAAACCAUCUGUGAGCUAUUCCUGAACCCCAAACCAAGCCACCAUGAGUGGGAAAGAUCCACGUUGCCCACACCCUCCCCUCUCUGUGUCCUUCUAAGGCUGGCUGGUGGGUUAAUUCCAUAUUUCAGACACUGAUUUGAACUAAAGGAAGGUAACUUUGGAAAAGGAAAGUGAUGACCCAACAAACAACUGCCCUUCUAGCUGGAAUAGCCUGUGGAGAAAGCAAUGGGCAGAGAAGGAUGUUGUCCUUUUGGUUUGAUGUCCAAGUGAGAACUUCACCUCCUAAUUUUUCUCUCCCUUUGGUUUCCAGAGGAUCGGUAGGGAUUCCCCAGCCUUCCAGACUCCAGACUAGAUUAUCUUGUUGACAGCAGGCAGAGUGGAUAAAGCCCAAGAUUUAGAGACCUUGGGAAUGAUCACUCUGUUUCUUUGAUGCCUAUGGAAUCUUGGAAAUUUUACUUCUCCCUGGGCCUCAGUUUACUUGUAUAUAAACUGAGAGACUAGACUAGAUAAGUUCUAGCGCUUCUUCUUGCUCUGCUUCUAUGAUCUUGUGAUCUUUCUUGGAGUAUUGACUCUCUCUGUAUGAGCUUGGGCUAAUCAUUUACCUUUCCUGAGUCUGGUUCCUCCUUUAUAAAAUGAAUGGGAUGGAUUAGAUGACCUUCCACCUCUAAAUUUAUUACCUUAUGAUGUAAGGCAGGUCCUGGACUUUCACCAAAAGAGUGGCACCUGGAUUUAGGGAAAUACUUAACAAAUUCAUGAAGGGUAGAAGUGGUUAUUCUGCCUAAAAUCUUGCACCAGGAGAGGAUACAGUUGUUUAAAAAAACUGUGACCAUGCUUAGGAAUGAGGUGAGUGGUACUCUUGAGAAAUUACUGUAUGCACAUUGCCUGGAAAUACUAAGGGUUUUUUCCUUCUUCUUAAUGAAGCAGACUCAUCAAUACCAGAUUCAUCAAAGUGGCCAGUCUCUCCACCAGUGUAAACCUCAACCCAUUGAUCUAGUCUCAUACUGUGUAAUUCUUAAACAUAUUUUCCCAAAAGUCCUCCAAAAGAGAUCCACUCAACACUCAGCCUUUAGUUCUUUUUAUACUUCAUGGAUGCAUCAUACUCAAGCUGUCCAUUUGCUGAGGCACAAAAUGAGGAGAUAAAUGUUCACCAAGGGUUUUCACCAUGUCGUGGAAUAUGUCUUGUGCAUUGUCCAAAUGCAGGAGGAGGAGAUUCUCCAGACACUUCUGAUAAUGAACAUGGCACUGUGCUGGUUGUUUUAGAAUCAAAGAUACCACCAAGAUCUUUCAAUGAGAUCCACAGCCAUUAAGAAGAAAUCAACCUGGCCAUCCAGAUGGGAAAAACAAAGUGGAUGAAAAAUGUGUGAUACUCAGAUUAAGAUAUUCCACAGAACGGGUGACCUGUUGAAUUAGUACAUCAGGACAUAUAUAUAUAUUUGAAUGAAAGAUGUUAUUGAAAUAGUCCCCUAUUCACAAGAGUUUGCUUGAGACAAGAGCCAUGAGGAAAAUAAGCUUAAUUCUUCUCGAGUGCCAAUGUUGUCUUUAAUUUAAGGGGAUGUGGGAUUGAGGGGUGGGAAAAUCUUGUUCAGUAUUCAAAUAACGAAUUAGGGUUUUUUAAUGACUCCAUUACAUGGAACAUAACAUGUCUGCUCACGCGAGUCUUAACCAAGAUGUAAGGCCAAUGGAAAGGAACCAAAAAGGUUCCUUCUGCAAUUAUCAUUGCAUUGUGACCUCCGCCUAGUGACCUCACCUGUGUGUGCCUCAGCAUUUUCAUCUGUAGAUCAGGGACAGGACGCCUUGUCCUCCACCUACCUCACAGGGAUGUUGUGAGGACUAAUAUGCACUAAUUUCUGUAACACACUUCAUGACUUCUCAGGAGGGGCUUUAUGGCAGUGGGCACCCCUCCACUUCUCCCUUCAAAGACGGGGAAGCAAGGCUUUUUGUUCUAGCUCUCACUCACUUCAGUCUCACUCGUAAUUCAUAUGGAAAGUCAGGCCAAAGGCUUUUAAAAUUCAGUCUGUUUCCAAACAGGUCAAAAUGGUUAGAUGCAAAGGAGAAACAAAGCAAUGGUCAAAUAAGCAAUUGUACCGAAUCUUUCAUUGGAUUGGCUGUAUUCAUCAGAUAAUUUACCACAGUGCUAGGCUCACAAGAGGUGCUCAGUAAUUCUUUAAAAGAUCUCAUCUUCUUGCAUGCAGAUAACGGAGCAAAAACAAAAUUUCAAACAAAAAAACCUAAAAAUGAAUGCCAACUAAUGACUGAGACAGAGUUCAGAUUCAUCAAUCUGUUUACACAUCUAUUACUAAGACUAAUAAUUUGUUUUAACUAAGAAGGUCUAUAUUAAAGCCAUUGAUAUCUGUGUGAAUAAAUGAAAACACAUUUGAUUUUCCAUACAAAGCAAAUAUCCAACUCCAGGGAGUGUUUGGAUUUUUGUUUUGUUUUUUCCUGAGGCAAUUGGGAUUAAGUGACUUGCCCAGGGUCACACAGCUAGGAAAUAUUAAGUGUCUGAGACCAGAUUUGAACUCAGGUCCUCCUGACUUCAGGGCUGGUGCUCUAUCCAUUGCACCACCUAGCUGCCUCCAGGGAGUUUUUUAAAAAGUAUUUAUGCUGUAACUAGAUCUUAGGCUGAAGAAAGAGAAUCCUAACAGAAGUAUAAAUUGAGUCUCAGGCAUGAAUUUGUUGAUUUUCCUUCCCUAAGCCAAGGACCAUUCUUUGGUCUUUAACUAUCCACUAGAAUGGAUUCAGAAUAUCAUCAUUUCCUUCCCCUAAACAUUUGGAUAAUAAAUAUAUUAAAUUAAUUCUACCACUUUAAUGAAGAAAUCCCUUAUGUACCAAUUGACUUGACUUUUUGACCUCAAAGAUUUGUAUUUUUCCUGCUGCCAGAUAUGCUAGAAGGGCCAGUAAGAGCAUAACCCACUGGGGCAUUAUUUCAUUUCAUGAUACCCAGGGUGCAAUUGGCAGCUUCCCUAACCUAUACUACUGACAUUUGUCUAUGCCCCAUGCUUGUUUCCCAAUAAUACAAAAUUUCUGCACUAUAUUCUGAGUAUCAGUGUCUGCUGGAUCCCUGAUCCCAGUACUACAAAGGGAAAGCUAAAAGCCCUCAUGGAACCUAACCACAGUGUUCUAGCAACAUCAGUGGAUUUAGAGUGACAGGUCCCAGCUUUUCCAUUUUCUACUCUUCUCAGUAAAGCCAAUACUAUUCUUUCCACACACAUCACCACCUGAACAAAGAUUCAGGUAGCUCUCUAGGGAAGUCGGAUGAUGUUCUUGCAAUGAAGGAUUGGUACACACUUGCAUAAGUUCAUAUCUGUACCAUAAAUGAGAAAGGCAGAGCCAUAACUAGGAUAGUUGACUAUCUGAGUGACCUUGGACAAAUUAAUUACCUCCCCUGAGUCUCAGUUUGUAAAAUGAGUGGGAUAGACUAAAUAACCUCUGAGGUCCCUUCCACUUCUAGAUUUAUAUAAUAGAGGAGAAGUGGUGUGAAUAUGAUAUGAAGAUAGGGUGCCUGGAGCUUGGGAUCAAAUAACCAAACUUAGAAGGUACUGAAAAAAAGUCUGGAAACAUAUUUCUUUCCUUCCUCGUACCCAGUGGCUUCACCCUUAUUAAGCUGCCCUUUUCCUAACUGAAGUGAAGAAUUCCAGUUAUGGCUCUGGAGAAAGGGGAAAGACUCUUGGAAACUGAUAGGACUUUUCAGAAAUAGCUUUCCUUCCUAAAUUCCCAAAGUAAUGGGAUAUGAGGAAGCUCAUGGACGCAAAACAUCAAAUUUCCUUCCACAAGCAAGUCAGUUAUUAAACAUCAACUGGAUUUUUUAGUCAUGAGACCCUAAUCCUAAUUCUAACCCUCCAUCAUCAGUUCCAGGGCUAUUUUAAGCUUUUUAGAGCAAGGAAAGGGAACAUCAUGAUUCUAAGGCUACAAUAAUACUUGUGGCGCUCACCAUCAAAGAUAAAAUAUCUCAUUAAGCCAAUGUCUAUAAGGCCUAGAGUUCUUUCUUUAAUUCUGGAAUCUGAUUUGUGCUAAUAAAAAAGGGGACCUCCCUUGUUCCAGA